GACCCCAGAAGAUUUGGCCGAUGUUCCAGCUAACGCCACCUCCAACAUCUUGAACCGUCUGAUGGCCAGCUAUGAUGCAAGAAUAAGGCCUAACUUUCAAGGCAUCCCAGUUGAGUCCAGGGUGAACAUUUUCAUUAACAGCUUUGGGUCCAUCCAGGAGACUACUAUGGACUACAGAGUGAACAUAUUUCUUCGUCAGAGAUGGAAUGACCCUCGCCUACGACUUCCCACUGACUUUAAGAAUGACGCACUAACUAUUGACCCCAACAUGUUCCAGUGUUUGUGGAAACCAGACCUUUUCUUUGCCAAUGAGAAAAACGCAAACUUUCAUGAUGUGACCCAGGACAACAUUCUCCUCUUCAUCUUUAGGAAUGGCGAUGUAUUAAUCAGUAUGAGGCUGUCCGUGACGCUGUCCUGUCCCUUGGAUCUUAAACUCUUCCCAAUGGACACACAGCUGUGUAAGAUGCAGAUGGAGAGCUUUGGCUAUACCACCAGUGAUCUUGUGUUCAUGUGGCAGUCUGACCCAGUUCAGAUGGAUGAGAUUGCUCUCCCUCAGUUCGACAUCAAACAAGAGGACAUCAAAUAUGGGAACUGCACAAAGUACUACAAAGGAACAGGAUACUACACCUGCAUUGAGGUGAUUUUCAAAUUGCGUCGGCAGGUUGGCUUCUACUUGAUGGGAGUUUAUGCUCCAACUCUGCUGAUUGUUGUUUUGUCCUGGUUAUCAUUCUGGAUAAACCCUGAUGCCUCAGCUGCACGGGUACCAUUGGGUAUUUUAUCAGUCCUCUCUCUGUCCAGUGAGAGUAUGCUCCUGGCGACAGAGCUACCAAAGGUUUCCUACGUAAAAGCCAUUGAUAUCUGGCUCAUUACCUGCCUCCUUUAUGGGUUCUCAUCACUGGUGGAAUACGCUGUGGUGCAGGUGAUGCUGAACAGUCCCAAACUGAUUGAGGAGGAGAAAGCCAAAAUGGCCACGAAGGAGAAAGCUUUGCAAGAGAAAGAAGGAAAGAAUAAAACUUCAAAUAAAACUAACAACACAGUGAAUGGGACUGGUGGAACACCCAUACAUGUCAACACUCUGCAGGUGGUAGAAACUCGCUGUAAGAAAGUUUGCACCUCUAAGUCGGACCUUCGCUCCCAUGACUUCAGCAUCGUGGGAUCUUUACCUCGAGACUUUGAACUUUCCAACUUUGACUGUUACGGUAAACCAGUUGAAGUGUCAGGGGCCCUCAAGUCCCAGACCAAAGCCAAAAAGAAACCAGCGCCACCCAAACCUGUCAUACCUGCUGCUGCCAAACGCAUCGACCUCUAUGCAAGAGCCCUGUUCCCCUUCACCUUUCUCUUCUUCAAUGUGGUCUACUGGUCUGUCUAUCUGUGAGGGGUGGAAGAGGAGAGCAGGUGGAAAUAAAGUGGUUUGCAUCCUAUAGUUUGUCACCAUACUGAUAUUGAAACUACAUUGAACUUACAAAUGACAUAGAAAAUUCAUAUACUGAACUAUAUACUGUUAAAAUCCAGAUUUGCAAC